AUGGUCCCACAAGCAGGAUUGGAAACUGUCAUAGGCAUAUUAUACUCUGAACCCUCAUUAUGCUGGUUCCGCAACACUAGCAGCCAAAUCUCAGCUUCCCUCACUGAGAAUGGAAAAUAUGUGGUAUGUGCCAGUGAGGAUUCUCGAGUUUAUAUCUGGAAACAUGAAGGUGAUUCCCGACCCAGCAGAGGCAAAGGUGUAACUGUGACACGGUCUUAUGAACAUUUCCACUGUCGAGAUGUAUCAGUGGCCAUCCCCUGGCCAGGCAUGUGUGACACAUGGGGAUUACAAGAUACUUGUUCUGCAGAACCAAGGGUGCUUGUUGACCAUAUGGAUGAGGUCUCUACCGCGAAUCACCCCCCUACACCGGUUGAAGCAACUAAUGGUAAUGAGAGUUCACCGUUGGCAUCUGGGUACACCAGUAGCCCACUUCAUGGUACCAUCUCCAGUGCAACAAAUAGCUACUUCUUUGAUAGAAUCUCAGCGACAUGGCCAGAAGAAAAACUUCUUUUAGCUACCAAGAAUUGUAGUCCUCGUGUCAGUGUGGAUUUCUCUAAUGUGGUAAACCAGAGUAGAUCAGCCUGGGGUAUGGUGAUCGUAACUGCUGGCCUUAGAGGGGAAAUCAGGACUUUUCAAAAUUUUGGAUUGCCAAUUCGGAUUUAG